AUGAGUGUGGAGAAGCAGCGAAACUGCGAAAUAGGGACGCCACCUCUAGUUGAAUAUAACGUUGUUAUGGAAACACAACUGUCGAUGCGUGAACACAGACUCAAGAGGACAAUUGUGCUCUCUGUUAUUGUUCUCAGUGGAACGCUCGUCACAGCAGAUAACGAGUCUUUGAUCGCAAAAACCUGCAAUCAAACCGAUUAUCCUCAAGAUUGUACAUCGAAUUUGGAUUCAGACCCGCGGAGCGCCCACGCAAAAGAUAUCAAAGAGCUCGCGAGGAUUUCGCUUGAAAUUUUGGCGUCGAAAGUCAAUAACACGGCAUCAGCGUUUCAAAAGGCACUCGUCGGUGAACGUGAGUCGUACGAGGAGUGGUCCUAUGUGAUGGUCUGCACGUAUGGAUACAAUAGUAGCAGAGUCAACAUGACAAACAGUGUCAGACUAGUUGAAGGAGACAAGUACCAGGAUGCGUAUAAGGAAGUUGAAGCUGUCAAGAGUGAAACCACUCAUUGCAUGAGCUUUCCAUUAAGCGAACCAAAUCUAGUUGAUAUUAAUACGAAGUUGUUUAGAUUCCUAGUGGAUGCCAUGGCUGUAGUUCGUCUCCUUUUCUAG